GUAACUCCAAACUGAGAAGCGGAGACGCAGCAGACAUGGCGACGCUUUUGAGUUUCUUCAGCGAGGAGCAGGUUUCGGUUUAGGUUUUGUCUGUUUAGACAGAUUUUGAAAGGCAAACGAAUGAAAUGGAUGAGUCGCAAUUAACUCAAGCUCUUGAAAUGUACCGAGUGCAAUUGGCACAGGUAGAUCAGGCACUUGCGGCUGCUGGUGGUGCAGAAGAUCUGAGACAACUAAAGUGUGAUCUUGAAGAGCUUGUAUCAUUAACUGAAGGUAGUCUGCUUUCAUUGAAAAAAAGCCUGCUUCUGAAGUCCCUAGAAGACGUAGAGAAUGUGAUGACAGCUUCCAGCACCAGUCCUGCAGAGCCUGCUGGCGACGAAUACAAAGCAUUUCAGGCUAAAAUCCAAGACCAAAAGGAAACUGAUUCAACAGAACGAGCUACGGCCUGUGUCCCUUCUUCAGGGGUUAAUUCAACCCUGACAUAUCUUGCUUCUAAAAGUUCUGACAAUUCUUUUCAUCAGUCAUUAACUGGUAAUACAAGUGUGUUAGCUGAAGAUGACAGCAGUUCCGAAGAUAGCUUUGAUGAACCUGCUGGAAAUAAGGAAGGAGAUUUGUCCAAGGGAAACAAUUUACUUAGUUCAGUUGAUGAGGAUUUGUCUGACCUUGUGGGACUCAAGUGUCGGGCACCACAUUCACAUGACUGGGGAAAGCUGGAUUAUCACAAUGCUUUGAUCAUUUCGGCUAGGAAACACUCAGAGCAAGAGGAACACAUACUGGUAAAUGUGAUGUUUACUACACCUACCCACUCAUCAAUGCUACCUUGCAAAUUCUACCUUGAUGGUCACUGUCGCUUCUCCAGUGAUCAGUGCCGGUAUUCACAUGGUUAUGAAGUACGUCUGGAAGAACUUAGAGAAUUUAUUGAGGCUGAUCACAGCACUCUGGCUAUUGACAUGAAGUGUUUAGCCCAGUAUUCAGACAAGAUCUGGUAUGCUGCCACUAUAACAGAUAUUAAAGACGAUCUAAUCAGUGUUCAUUUUGAUGACUAUGGUGAGGAUCUUGAUGUUGAUAUCGCACAAGUUGUACCAUCUGAAAGCCCAGCAGGAGGUGAAGGAGAUACAGAAGAUGAGUCAGACCAGGACCUGAACCAAGGGAGACAAACGCUAGAUGCUUCUGACAGUGAAGAUGGAGAAGAGUUGCCUGUAUUUCUUUGGCGACCACCACAAUCAACAGCGGCAUUUGGGGAAUGGGAAGCACAUACUAGGGGUAUUGGAUCCAAGCUGAUGGCCCGCAUGGGCUAUGUGGUAGGAGAAGGAUUAGGCACAAGAAGCCAAGGCAAAGCAGAGCCUGUGCCGAUCAUGCUUUUGCCACAAGGUAAGUCUCUGGACCGAAUCAUGGAACUGAAGGAGAUGGCAGGCAGCUCGGAUCUGUUCGAUGCCAUGAAGCGACUUGAGAAGCAAAAGAAGAAGGCAGACAAGAAGAGGGAAGAUGAUGCUACCAGAGACAAACUGCGCAGCAGUAACAAGCCGCCAAAUGUCUUUGACUUCAUCAACAGGAGACUUCACGGCAAGAGAGGUGACUUGUCGAGUCUGGGGACAGGAGGAGAGCCGGAGCGUGACUCCUCAAGGGGACACAACUCGACUUCCGGAAGACGCCAUAUCAGCGAGCACGAGCUGCAUAAAAAGAGCGACAGAGACAUUAACGUCCAGGUUCUCAAGACCCAUGAGGAGAUCCGUCACGUGGAGAGGUCACUGAGCAGGCUGCGCGAAGCCCUGGCCAGGAACGAGAACAGGGACCGAGGCAUGGCCGCUCAGCUGAGGAGUAGGCUGGCCGAGCAGGAGGCGUACCUGUCCACUCUGCAAUCAUCGUCCAGUGCUUUGGAGAAACACCAGCAGAAACGGAGUGACUACAAAAAGUUGGCCAUCUUUUAACAGUGUUUAUCUUAGUGUGUGUGAAAGAGAGCGAGUGAAUGUGUUUGUGCGCGCGCAUGUAUUUUUGCAUACGUUCGUUCACGUAUCGGUAAGAGUUUGAUGAAUAAACAGUUACAAACACUUCA